AUGGUCUCUUCUCAGCAAGGUUACGCCAACACCACCGUCGACAUGAAGGGCAACAACAAGGCCGUCGAUGAGGCCCAGUCCAACCUCCCUCUUCCCGACCAGCCACCAGUCGCCUCCGACUUCAACUCUUCUGACGCUCGUACUGUCAACGUUGGCUCGGGCGGCCAAGAAGCCAGCUUCACUUCCGGCGGCGGAGCUAUCCGUGAGCCUGCUGUAGGUGCUGGUGGUGCUUCAGCCCGUGAGGCAAAGGAUGGUCUCGAUGGUAUUCCCAACGAUGCUGUUUCUCGCGAGGCCAAGAACCACUCUGGCCUUGCCGACACAACUGGCAAGGAUUACGGAUACCCACAAAAGAACGACCCCAGCUCCGGUCUCAAGCAGUAG